AAAAAGUUAACUGACUGACAUUUGUGAGUAAGUCGAGCACGGAGUUCAUUUUCUGCUUCUUUUUGUGUGAAAUAUUUUUUUCGACUAUUACUUUCGUUUACCAAUACAUAAUCGCGUUAAUUUUUAAUUUUUACAUUACCUUUAGUUGAUAGUUUAUAUGUAUAAGUUUGAGUGUCCACACGCCCUUGAAAACAGUGUUUUAUAAAAGUCUAGUGUCAGCAUAGCAACAGCACUUCGGUACAUAUAAUUCCUAUUUUGAGGGAUAUCGGUCUCUGUAAGAAGAUAGGGUGCCUUUUUGAGAUGAAUCAUAAGAAUGCAUGGAGGGAAGUUAGGAAACAACACAAGUUCACACUAAUUUAGAAUAUUGUAAGUAUCGAAGUGGUGCUUUUAAUUAGCGUAAGAUGAUCACACGAAGAUGGUUCCACCCAACUCUGUCUGGGGUGGAAGCGGAAAAGAUCCUAAUGGAAUGUGGCCACGACGGCUACUUCUUAGCGAGACCUAGCAUGAGUAACAAGGGGGACUUCACUCUCUCAGUGCGGCGGGGGACCGAAGUAACGCAUAUAAAAAUACAAAAUAAUGGCGAGUUUCUUGACCUCUACGGAGGUGAAAAAUUUGCUACACUUUCCGAACUGGUUCAGUACUACAUGGACAAUCAGUGCCAAUUAAGAGAGAAAAAUGGCAAUAUCAUCCGGUUAAAAACACCUCUCAAUUGUGCGGACCCUACUACGGAAAGAUGGUACCAUGGACAGCUAACAGCAAAAGAAGCGGAACGAGUGAUGCUAGAAAACGGUAAAAACGGAUCGUUUCUCGUCCGGGAGUCACAGCGGCAGCCUGGGGACUUCGUGUUGUCAGUGAGGACGCGGGACAGGGUCACGCACGUUAUCAUAAGACGACAAGACAACAAGUACGAUGUGGGUGGCGGACAACAAUUCAACGAUCUUGUCAGUCUUAUCGAACACUACAGAAAUUUUCCUAUGGUUGAGACCACAGGAGAAGUGUUACGAUUGAUCCAACCGUUCAACGCCACGCGGAUCCAAGUACGACAUUUCCAUACUCGUGUCAAACAACUUCAGAAAGAAAACGAAGGACCAAUAGAAAGCAUGGCUUACAAACAAGGCUUUUGGGAGGAAUUUGAAACUUUGCAAAUGAUGGAGAAUCUACAGUUAUUUGACAGAAUGGAAGGUUCGAAGCCAGAAAAUAUAAGAAAGAAUCGGUACAAAAACAUAAUACCAUUCGAUCGUACUCGAGUAGUGCUAAAAGACAUACCUCCGGACGCACCCGCGGGUUCUGAUUAUAUAAACGCCAAUUAUAUUCGAUGUGAUAUGAUUGAUUCUACCUUAGACCUUCAUGACUACCCUAACGGCAUUUACGAAAACUGCUCCACUAUUACUCGAGACAGUGGUGUUAUAUCACCAACAAAGAACAAAGAAAAGUUAUCUCCUGUUCACACGAGUGUGAUUGUUUGUGAAGAAAAACUAAACACAAAGGUUCAAGGAAAUGGAACUAAACUAAUACCCUCUUUUGAGCCAUGUGUCCUUCGAACUAAUCCGAAUUACGUUAACACGACUAUUCCGAAGUCAACGAAAGAAACGGAAAAUGGUAUUGUAGAUCAUGUCUACAAUAAAAUAUAUAUCGCCACUCAAGGCUGUUUGUCGUCUACGAUAUAUCCGUUUUGGUCGAUGAUAUGGCAAGAAGAUGUUCGUAUUAUUAUUAUGACUACUAAAGAGAUAGAACGUGGUAAGAAUAAGUGCGAGAGAUACUGGCCAGAAUUAAAUAAAACUGAAGUUUUCAAGAAGUUUUCCGUUUACAAUGAAUUCGAAUCGUCUACGCCCGAUUAUACCCUGAGACGUUUUGUAGUGACGAAAAAAGAGGAGUGUACCGUCAAAAGAACUAUUUAUCAUUUCCACUUCACGGCAUGGCCGGACCAUGGCGUCCCCUCGGAACCGGGCAGGGUGCUGAAUAUAUUGUUAGAUGUAAAUUAUAGGCUACAACAGAUAAUGACCGGACCCGAUCCUCCCGCACAAGCCGUGGUUUGCGUUCAUUGUUCGGCAGGCAUUGGAAGAACCGGCACCUUUAUAGUAAUUGAUAUGAUUCUAGAUCAAAUAAGAAAAGAGGGAUUCGAUUGUGAAAUCGAUAUCCACCGUACUGUACAAAUGGUGCGAGAUCAGCGAUCUGGUAUGGUGCAGAACGAAGCGCAGUACAAGUUUAUUUAUAUGGCUGUGUUGGAGUUCAUCGAGACAGAGAAGCAGAGGAUCGGCUAUGGCCCCGAACCAAGCCAAGACUCUCCUCGGGUAAGAUCGCAUCCAGUUCCUUUUUUAUGAAUAGCGCUAAAAGUGCAAAGAAAUUUUUGACAAGAGCUUUAUCCCGCAAGAAACAGUAAAAAACGCUGUUUUAGAUGGCGGAAAUACUUGCAUCGAAUAUUUAAAACAGACCCAUAAAUGUUUUUUGAUAAACAUGGGCUUUAUGUAAUAGCACUGCUAAAAGACCUUUAAGGGAAUGUUACCAAAUCACCACGAUUGGCAAUCAUUUUGGUACGCAGAAUACCGUUAUUGACGCACUGAAGGACGCCACUGCCCAUUCUCUUCGUACUAUCGUAAGUCGUUGUUUAUAACAUCAAAGAUAAACAUGGUGUUAACUAUUUUUUAAGAACUAAGCGUUUCAACGUCUUUUCACAUAAAUGUUUUGUAAUGAAUUCAGAAUUGUGACUACUGUUUCGUAUUUUAAAUAUUAUUUAUUAGAUUAUUUUUAUAGUUUUAAUCACCAAACAGUGUACCUAUUAAACUAUACACCAUAUCAUUUCAAUUAAUAAAUUAUAUGAGUUCAGAAUAUUAAAAGAAUUAUAAUAAUAUUUACAGAACAAUAAUUCUAAUAACAUUGCGUAACGGAAAUUACCAAUGUUGACAUAAUAACUUGCAAGGAAUAUAACAUUAGUGGAGUAGGAUACUAUUAUUAACAGUAACAAAUUACAUUAAGGGAUUUAAUAUCAAUGCAAAUGAAGUUUAAUGAAUUAAAAAUAAAUAUGUACAUUAUUAAAAACUUAUUUUACGCACAAAAAAAAAUGUAUUUAACGUUCUGUAUAAUAUUUUAUUGUAUUUUGUAUAUUGAUGAAUCAAAAAGAGAGAAUAUUUUACGUAGUUAAUUUAAUUGACGGCCUGAAUUGUAAUUUUAUUUGUUUUAUCCCUAUUAGCAUGUUUCGCUGUCGGUCCUAGCUGACGUCAUUAGAUGGCGUGUUUAGUCUUUAACUCUUGACGGCUUGAGCCUCAAAUGCGAAGGGAGUAGAGAAGAGAAUACAGUGGGUUGUCAACUCAGUAUAAUCCGCUGAAUUCCUAAAAAUAUUCUAGUACAAAGCUAGUGUAUCAUGCAUGGCAUGUAAUUACGAUAAUCUCUACUGUCGUAUGGUUACAACAAAUAUCUUAGCGUCCAGCAUAAGUUGAAUGAAAUCUAAUCGAACAUUGUUAAGUAUUGAAAACUUGAGAAGUAAUAUUAAUAUUGUAUUCAUGUGUGAAGCUUGGGUGCGAGGCGGCACGCGUGGCACGACUCGCUUCUGUAUAACCGCAAGACCUGACGAGUAGUCGGUCCUAUAUUAAAUGAGUCGACCGUGCCCUAUCGCAGCACGCUUGUAAGAAAGAAAUAAUAAUAAUUGUUGUUAAUUAAAAUCUAUUUCAUAUUUUAGUUAUAUUAACGGCGACCUGAAUAAUUUAUCACACUGUUGCUUUAAUUUUACACUACACGAAAGUCAGGAGAUUGGCUUCAACGUGAUCUCGAAUUGGAGUUUGAAUUGAAAAGAAUGUUAUUUUUUAUAUUAUGACAAUUUUAGUAUGUCUGCUUGUGAACUUUUAUACCUACAUGUCGUCACGUUUACGCAGCGCUUAACAUAGAAUAGUUUAUACAUUUUAAACGCUUUACAGACAUGAACACAGUGCGAGUACCUGCUGUUUUUUACGUAGUGAUAAAUAUGUUAAAAAUUUCGGUGCCUUAAUUUCCUCAACUUAUGAAGAUAUAGAUAUAAUUAAUUGUACAGUCAUUUGUAAUAAUACACAUGUGUUUAAAAGACCUAUCCGGAGGUUCUUUGCUACAUAAAAUAUUCUGCAAUAAUAAAUAUGGUAAGCGUCGCGUAAACUAUGUAAAGUGAUAAAAUUAAAAUAUUAAUCGCAGCUGAAAAUUAUGUCUCCAUAUAAAGCGUACACAGGUUGCAUGCACCAGGUUUCGGCUCUAGUACACAAUAGCUUAAAGUAUCUUUUCUCAGUCGCAAGCUUGCCUCGUCUAUAAGUUACAAUACGCUCUGUAAACGUCCACCAUUUCAAGCGCGGCGUCAUGAUUUUAUAUUACGAACCAUUGUAUACUAGAGCCAUUAGGUUUAGAUACUUGUAGAAAUAUAACAUAUUUGCAAUUUUACAGAUGUUGUAUUAAGAUAGAUUAUUUUAAAAAUAAUUAAGUAGGUAGAUGUCGAAUUGACUACGAAUGUAAUAAAACGUACCUAGGUAUGUGUUUCUCAUACGCUCUCCUCAAAAUCUGUGCAAUCUUUUUAUAAUUCAGAUAAAAUAAUAGAUAGUGUGCAUAUUUCAAAAUAUUUGAACAGUCGAUGUUUAGGCAGUAAGUAUUUGUUUUUACACUAAACGAUAACUACAAAAUUAUGAUAGUAGGGGAUUGUACUGUAUAAAUUAAUCGCCUCGAUGACAGUCGUUGAUCGCUUUUAAUAUUAGCUUUAACUAAACGUUAAUAAUAUAGAAAUGACAUAAUUGACAUGCAUUAUUUGAAAAAACAAACAUGUCUGAAAAUAACCAGCAAAUAUGUAUCCGCUGUUAGUCCUUAGCUCUAGAAUAACAUUUGUUAUUAUAGUUUAACGAUCAGAAAUUAAUUAAUGGGGCUGAUAAAAAGAAACUCGGCCAGCAAAAAUAUGUAAAAACAAUUUAUACGAUACAUUUUCCUACUAAAAAAUCAUACCUAAUGUAUAGCGAAACAAUAUUAUAUUUUUUAACUUAUAUUCUUGUCAAAACUUGUAAUCGGAGGUGCUUUUUAUGUGAAGUAUUUGAUGGUAAUGACAUGGUGCGUUAUUUUUAUGUUGUAUUUUGUUUGUACGCGUAUUUUACGUAGUACGUAUGUAUAUGUAGUCGAAUUCAAGCAGUGAUAGUCAUUUCGUUUGUAUAAAUAGUAUUCGGUGUAAUAAUUAAUGUAGGAAUUAGUAUGUGUAUCUAGCAUUAAACUAACGCUAUAAGACACUUUAUUUGUACAACGAUUAUAAUAUUUACGCACAUUUUCUAGUAAUGUAUUUUUCUUAUGUUAACACACAUGACACGAUUGCUUCUGCAAUUUAGUUUCAUGUUAAAUCACUUAUACAAUUCUGGAAUUCUAAAACAGAAUAUUAAAUUUCUCGUAUCGUCAAAACUUGCACCAAGUCCUUUUUUACGGUUAUUAGCUUCAUAAUAUUGCGCAAAAGGAGGGUUAUGAUACAUUACUGCUCCAGUCUCUGUUGGUUACAAAUGUAUUAGUAUGAUUUCGGAUGUGUGUUACUUAUUUGAAAAUAAUUAAUUAUUAUAAAAAAGCUUUCUAGUUGCUUCGAUUUUUACUCUUUGCAAUGGUGCCUACUGAGAUAGGUUGGUGAUAGACUUAUGUACAGAAUUAAUAAGCUUUCUAAUGUUACCUUAUUUAUGAGCUACAAUUAUAUGUACGUUAACUCUAUCCACAUAAUAAUUCGUAGCUGAAACGCUAAUUACAUGAUGUUUAGCGUCAAACGAACUUUAAGAUAUGCUCUAACAAAUUUUAAUUUGUAAAUAAGUAUUUUGCUAAAUAGGUAGGUUUGUAUAAACUUGUAAGAAAAUAAAAGGCUAAUGUUUAUGUUUAUGCGCGUUUACAUGAUCAAUGACUGUUUAUUACAAAUGUUGGAGAAGAACAAAUUUUAUUGUAGGUACUAUGGAUCUGUAUUGGCCAGCGAUAAAUUUUAAAAUUUAAAGUCGCACAAAGAUAAUAUCGAAUCAAUUGAAAACUAAAUACAAAUUAACUACGUCUUAUAUCGAUGUUUUAGUGUACCUAGUGCGCGACUUUUGUUAAGACCCAAUAAGGGCUUAAUAAAUAUAUAAUAUUGCAUUAUCACUGCUUGAAUUUAUCAGAGCUAUUAUAUGUUGUUGGCAUUUUAUUUAAACUAUUAUUCCAAUUUUAAAACUGUGCUGCAGUAAUCGCAUGAAGGUAAAGGAAAAAAGUUUUAUCGUCUGAUAAAAAAUAUAUGUUGUGUUUUAUUGUAAAUUAAUAUUAUCAAUAAAAUGUGAUACCGACUGUG